ACAAGCACUGAGUCCGCUGGUAAUACCGUCACCAUCAAGGCAACCGUCACAAGUCGAGCACCACAGCCUGGAGGCAGUUUACAGUACAAUCGUCUCGGCGACUACAGGGAAACAUGUUGGCCGUUGCUGUGUUCUCUCUGGCCCUUGCUGCGUCGUGCGUACACGCACAAGAUGGACCUUUGCCGAUCGUCUUCACGCCAACAUUCGGCACGCUCAUGGGAGGAGACGAGCUAGUUUUCACAGCGCCGAAUAUCACAUCAAGCGGAGGACAGGUGUACUGCAGGUUCGGCGUGGUUGACCAGGUGACAGUAGCAGGUGUGGUCGGACCUGACGGACUCACCAGGUGCGUCACACCUGUCCUGUAUGAGAUCGGACGGGUCCCCUUCCAGGUGUCUGUCGACGGAGGUUCCACCUACAGCUAUGGCGCCAACUUCACUGCAGCGCUGGGUAUGGAGGGUGUCAACCUGGUGGAUAGAGACUCUAAAUGGCAGCGUCCCAUCAAGUCCGCCACCUCUCCGCUGGACCUGGCGGCUUGGCGGGAACUGAUCAAGGAACAACUAACCCUGACCUGGGACCGGGACAGCUUCGACUCCGCAUCGGUCAACGUGGAGCUUUGGGGGUACAAGGAGGAAGGGAGCCAAGCAUCGUGGGACUUCAUGUACAGCGUUGCCCGUCAGGUCCCUAACACCGGCACCUACACGUUCAGUCCGGAGUCUACACCGGACAGCGUGUACCAUACAGGCAAGAUACGGGUUAGCGGCUUCACCCAACAAGAGGGAGUACCGAAUAUCCGGGCUCUAUGGAGCAAUGUCCACGCCUUAGCUUGGCAGUUUAAAGAGCUGUUCUACCAGGACCCUGUGACGUGGUCCACUCAGCGGUGCAUGGCAUGGCGGGAGGCGGAGAAGGACUUGCCGAACUUUGUUCCCGACAUGCCUCCCUGCCCCUGCACCUUACAACAGGCACUUGUGGACACCGGCCGUUUUCAGCUGGACACCGGCUGUGCGCUGUCGUUAGGUAGUACCUGUACUUACCACCCUGGUGCCGUGCACUGUGUCAGGUCUAUUGCUGCCAGCCCUGACGGAGCGGGGCAGCAGUGUUGUUACGCCGCGGACGGCCGGGAGUUGUUCACCGGAGACACGGCCGGCGGCAGCACCCCGGACAGGGGCCAUGUGUUUGGAGCGCCACCUUACAGGGUUCCACCCAGGGUUCCAUCAUACUCCCAUUGGAUACACGACGUGACGACGUUUUACUACUGCUGCUUGUGGUCCGAUAACUGUGACGUUUACUUCGAGCUGCGCCCCACUGACGACUGCACCAGAUACGUCCCUCCUAAGGCUGGCGCUGUGUUUGGAGAUCCCCACGUCAUCACGCUGGAUGGGAGGAGCUACACGUUUAACGGUCUUGGCGAGUACACACUUCUUCAGGCUGACGACAUCGGGCUUCGGAUCCAAGUCAGGACGGCACAAGUGUCGAACGCACAAGGUGAACUUGUGCAUGCCACUGCCUGCAGUUCCUUUGCCAUGCGUGAGGGGGCGUCCGACACAGUAGAAGUCAGAUUGCCCAGUGCCCGAGACACGGAAGUUCCUCAAGUCCUGGUGAACGGAGAAGUGGUCAGAUUCGAUACUCCAGUCAUAACUUUAUCAGGUGUCUAUGUUGCUUCUGUGGUUCCCUCCAACGUUACCGUUCAUUUCCAGUCGGGUGUGGGGGUGGAGGUACGGAGCGAGGGCGGCCUCCUGACCGCGCUGGUGCUGGUACCGCCGCAGCUGAAGAGCAAGACGCAGGGCCUCUUGGGAAGUUGGAAUGACAAUCCUGACGAUGACUUCACCACGCCCUCUGGCGAUACAGUUCCGAGUACUGCAGACCAGAUGACCAUCUAUAACGACUUUGGAGCAUCAUGGGCGGUCACGAGCCAGACAUCCCUCUUCGUGUACUCCGCUCAAGAAGAAGCGAUGUACGCCGACAAACAUGACCCCGACUUCACACCAAUAGUCAACCCACCAGCCUUGCCAGCAGAGUCUGCCGAAGGUCGCAGGAUGGCGCAAAUAUGUGGCGACAACGACCAGUGUGUGUUCGAUUUUACCGCCACAAGGAACGAAGUUCUGGCGGCAAGCACUCGAUGGGCACAUGACUGGUAUCAGGCGGUCAGUAAAGAUACCAGGAAAGUGGCGACCUGUCCGUACGUACCCACACCGGAGCAUGGCUCCAAAGCCGGCGGCCCCAGCUACGUGGAAAACGGGACGGUGACCAUAGCGUGUAACGAGGGUUACACGCCUCACCCCACACGGACAGUGACGUGCAGAAGGGACGGGACAUGGGACGGUGUGCCUGGCACCUGUGUCGCUUCCAACGCUACCACGGCUGCAGUUGCGGGAGGGGUGAUAGGUGGCGUUGCUGUGCUGUGUGUUGUGAUAGGGCUGCUUGUUUGGAGGAUGAGAGACGACAAAGAAUCAACAAGAUCAGAAGACUACAGGGAUGACAGCAAGAAAGACUCUACCCAAGAAACAUAGCAGAUGAACGGUGUGCAGCUGUAGCCUACAUCUGAGCAAAUCAGGCAGUAAUUGUUUAUCAU